UCCACCAGCAAUGUCUCUCCUGGUGACCCUUUUAGCCCUGGCUACUGGUCUUCACCACUGUGUCGGAAAGGAGCAAGAUGCUGCAGUUUAUGCUGCAUUGUCAACUGAUUUGCCAAACAUACAGAAGGAAAUUGUGGACAAGCACAAUGCCCUAAGAAAACAGGUGGAGCCAACAGCUUCCAACAUGCUGAGGAUGGAAUGGAAUGAGACAGCUGCAAUUACUGCAAAGAACUGGGCUGUUCGGUGCAACCAAGUUCACAGUCCUGCAGAUGUAAAAACAAUUGAUGGUGUAGAAUGUGGAGAAAAUCUCUUUAUGUUAAAGCAGCCUAUGCCAUGGUCAUUCAUAAUUCAAGAAUGGUUUAAUGAGAGAAAAAAUUUCAUAUAUGGAAAGGGGGGAAAGCAACCAAAUGCGAUGAUUGGACAUUAUCUUCAGGUGGUUUGGUAUAAAUCCUACAAGAUUGCAUGUGCAGUUGCUCAGUGUCCAAAUAGCAAAUAUAACUAUUUCUACGUUUGCCAUUACUGUCCGUCGGGAAAUGAUUUUAAAACACCUCAUACACCUUACAAACAAGGAAAGCAGUGUGGUGAUUGUCCUAAUAAUUGUGAAGAUGGAUUAUGCAAGAUGUGGGGAAAGACACUGGAUGUCAAGCCCUUCCAUGAGGGGGAUGAAUUUUCUGACGAGGAGCCAGCAGGCAUGCUCAUUCCUGACGAGGAGCUGGCUCAGGAACCCACCCACAAGCUUGACAGGGGACUCUCUGUUGAAGCCACCCAGUCAGCACCCUACCAGCAUGCUACCCGGGGCAAUUGCCCCAUGAUCAGCUGCCACCUUGUGGUGGAAGAAAGGAAUGGCUUCAUUGGACCUGCAGAUCUGACUACACACCCCUAG